AAUGGUUUCGUUUUGCUUCUUCGGGGAAUGCAGUGGUCAGAAGUUAUUAAUGGUUUCGUUUUGCUUCUUCAGUGAAUGCAGUGGUCAGAAGUUAUUAAUGGUUUCGUUUUGCUUCUUCAGUGAAUGCAGUGGUCAGAAGUUAUUAAUGGUUUCGUUUUGCUUCUUCAGUGAAUGCAGUGGUCAGAAGUUAUUAAUGGUUUCGUUUUGCUUCUUCAGGGAAUGCAGUGGUCAGAAGUUAUUAAUGGUUUCGUUUUGCUUCUUCGGUGAAUGCAGUGGUCAGAAGUUAUUAAUGGUUUCGUUUUGCUUCUUCAGGGAAUGCAGUGGUCAGAAGUUAUUAAUGGUUUCGUUUUGCUUCUUCAGGGAAUGCAGUGGUCAGAAGUUAUUUGCCAGUUUGAACAAGAACACCAAGAGCCCCGUUCCAGGUCCGAUCCCCCCUCGUCUACUAUUUGGUCUUCCACGUCUUCAGUGAGCACACUUCCACCGUCACGUUCUGACUUACGACACGGCUUUUGUGAGUCAGAGCAGCUUCUAACCAGCUCAAUGUCGAGUGGAUGGGGAUCUGGAUUUGGAUCAAGCCACUGGCUCGGGAGCACUCUGAGCUCCAGCGAAUCGAAUCAGUUGCAACUGAGAGUCGGAAACAGCGCUUCAGAACAGCAGCUUGUAAAAAGCAGUCCGGAAAUAAGUCCUUACAGAUCAGUUCAAGAAUCGUCUGACGUCACUUCCAGCUACAGUUAUGAAGUAGCUGUCAGCAGCAGUGGAAGCGAGACUAACGACACCUUUCUAACAGUAGCAUACGAAGAACUCCGAACAUCGAUUCUCACCAAAGGUGAACUGAGGCGACGUGAGGCAUUAUGGGACCUAUUUCAGAGUGAAGUUAUGUUCCUCUACGAUCAUUUAAUGGUGCUCAAAAACGUUUUCAUGGAACCUCUGAAGAAGAUACAGGUGGAAGGAUACGUAAUGUUCGCUCAACCUGAAGUUCUGUUUGGUAAUCUGGACGAACUCUGCUGUGUCACUUACGCCUUUUGUAAGGAAUUCAUACAUUUAAUUCUGCAAAACACGAGGUGCUCGGAGACGGAAACUACAGAAGUGCUUGUGAAACUUUUUCAAAAGAGUUCCAAAGCCACAGCACUACGUCAAGCCUACCACAGAUACACCAUUAACUAUAUCAACGCUUUGAAUUAUUUGGAGACAUUGAGGCGGCAAGUGGAGUUUAAUGAGUUUGAAAAAUGGUGUUCACGUGACCUACGUUGCAAGAAACUUCAACUCACCGAUCUCUUAGUUUCUCCUGUUCAACAUAUUAUGAGAGUACCCUUACUGUUGAAGGAAAUAGAGAUGCGGACUGAUGAUGAACAGGAGAAAGAUGUAAUUAUCAAUAUCGUUGAACUGGAAGAAAACUCUUUGCGAGAAUUGGACGAUAAGAUGAAAUGGUUGAAAAACUUCGAGAGACUUCUAGAAAUUCAACGAAACAUUAUCUGGCCUUCCAUUACCGAGCUUGACCCGAAAGUGUUCAUUCCAGAG